AUGGCUUGUCGAAAUGGGGUCGUGUUUGAAGAUUUCUUUCCAGCCAUGGUUGACAAAUUGGGAGCAGAAGGUUUCAUGAAGGAGCUCUGCAAUGGGUUCCGGUUAUUGAUGGACAGAGAGAAGGGCGUGAUCACAUUCGAGAGCUUGAAGAGGAACUCAGGCCUGUUGGGGUUGGAAGGCAUGAGUGAUGAGGAGAUCAUGUGCAUGCUGAGGGAAGGUGAUUUGGAUGGUGAUGGGAGUUUGAAUGAGAUGGAGUUUUGUACCCUCAUGUUCAGAUUGAGCCCUGCCAUGAUGCAAACUUCUAAGGAAUUAUUGGUGGAAGCUUUAGAUUUAGAUAGUGAAAUGUAG